GCAAUUUGAUGCAUAUUUUUGAAUCGGACAGAAACGGCUUGACUUGAGAGAGAAGUAACACAGGCAAAGCUGAAGGACAGAGAUUUGAGGAUUUAUGAGAAGUUUUGCUGCAAGCUUCAACACAACUGACUUAAUUACUGGGACAUCACGAUGAGGAAGAGUGAGGUGCUCGCAGCCGAGUCUGUGGCUUGCCUGAAUAAAGCUCUCUGCCGCCUGAAGGACAUCUGGGAAGAGAUAGGAAUACCAGAAGACCAAAGACUACAGAGAACCAAUGUGGUCAAGAAUCACAUCAAGGGUUUGUUAGACAUGAUGAUAACAGAGGAGGAGUCUCUUAGGACCAGACUGUUGAGCAGCAUUGAAGCCUGUCACAAACAACUGGAUACGCUGUGCUUGGAACUGCAGCUACCCCCAUUUGAGGAGGAGAGGGGCGUCACCAUGCUGCAGCAGGAGAAGGAGAUCCGGACCCAGGUGGAGAUGUUGGUGAAGGAGCGGACCCAGAGGAUGCAGCAGCUGAAGGCCUUGACGGAGCGCGACCAGGACCUAUGUGACACUCUGUGUUCGGACCCCUACGCCCUCGACCCUAACGCCGUGCCCUCCCUGGAGCAGCUGGACGGCUUCCGCCAGCACAUCGGCAGCCAGACCACAGAGAAGGAGCGGCGGCAUGCUGAGUUUGUGGGCAUCAAGAGGCAGAUCAUCCUGUGCAUGGAUGACCUGGACCAGCUGCCAGAGACCAGCUUCGAGAAGGACAUCAUCUGCGAGGACCAGGAGGCCUUCUGCCUGUCCAAAGACAACAUCGCCUCACUCAAACUCCUCCUCAGCCAACUAGAGGAGAGGAAGGCAGAGAACCAGGUGGUGUGUGAGGCUCACAGGGAGAAGAUCCAGGAGCUGUGGGACAGACUGCAGGUGCCCCAGGAGGAGAGAGAGCUCUUCUCAGAGCACAUGGUCGCCUCCAAGAAGAAGAACCUGGAUGCUUUGGAGGCAGAGGGCAAGCGACUGAUGGAGCUCAAACGACUGAACAUGCGAAACGUUACUGAAGCCAUCCGCUCAGAGAUCGCAGUGCUCUGGGAGAAAUGCUUCUUCAGCAGUGAUCAGCAACAGGCCUUUGUGCCCUACUUUAGCAAUGAUUUUACAGAGCAGCUGUUGGGGCUGCACGACGCUGAGAUCCUGAGGCUGAAGAAGCACUAUGAAGAACACAAGGAGCUGUUUGAGGGGGUUCAACGCUGGGAGGAGAGCUGGAGACUCUUCCUGGAACUAGAGAAAAAAGCCACAGACCCCUCCAGGUUCACCAACAGAGGAGGGAAUCUGUUGAAAGAGGAGAAACAGAAAGCCGAGCUCCACAAAAGCCUCCCCAAGCUUGAGAAGAAGCUGAAGGCUCAGAUUGAUGUGUGGGAGCAGGAGCAGGCCAGGGAGUUCCUGGUGAAUGGACAGAAGUUCCUGCAGUUUGUAGAGGAGCAGUGGGAGCUGCACCGCAUCGAGAAAGAGAAUGAGAAGCUGGAGAGGCAACUGAAAAAGAGCAAGCAGAUUGAGGUGGAUAUGCUGUAUGGGACAGCUGUCCGGACGCCUACCAAAAGGAGAUUCCUUGGCACAACUACCCCCAGCAAAGCAAGAAAGUUCAAUGGCACCACCUCCAGCCUCUCUAGUGCCAACUCUAACAGUACCAUGCGCUCAGCCUAUGGCGGAACUGUCUGCCACUCACCCUCCCGCCCCCCUCUGUCAGUCAACAAGGUCCCAUCGGUACGGACCCCGGGUCGCAGUAAGCCCCCUCUUGCGGGACUGCAGGAGCGCAACAAGGAGAACAUGGGCCAGGUGACCGGACUUGGAGUCCCUCUUCAGAGCGGUGGGUUUAAAACCCUGGCUAGUCCGCAGCGUAACUUCAGCAUUAACUCUGUCGCCAGCACUUAUUCCGAGUUUGCGACAGGCUUAAUCAACACAGUAAUCGAAUCAGUUCAAUCAAGCGAGACCUCUCCAAGGUCACUAACAGCAAGAGCAAGCCAGACAUGCUGAACUCCACCAUUGCUCACCUUUGACCCCCUGACACCAGACAAUGACGCGGUUGGUUGAUUGACAUCCUGUGUUUGUGUCCCAUCAAGUCCCCACCAGCUGUCAUUUUAAAGUGGAUCACUAUCCUUUUUUUUUUUGUCUGCGUUUCUAUGUAAAUUUAAGGUAAUACUAUAUGUGUAUAUAUAUGUAUGUGUGUGUGUGUGUGUAUACAUGCAUUCAUACAUACAUACAU